AUGACACAAAAAAACAGCACUGAGGUGACUGAAUUCUAUCUUCUGGGAUUUGGUGGACAACAAGAGUUCCAGGCUGUCCUCUUCUUUGUAUUUCUUGUGAUCUACACAACAUCCAUAGUGGGCAAUAAUGGGAUGAUCCUACUCAUCAACACAGAUUCCAGAUUCCAAACACCCAUGUACUUCUUCUUACAACAUCUGGCUUUCGUUGACAUCUGCUACACAUCUGCCAUCACUCCAAAGAUGCUCCAGAAUUUCAUGGUAGGAAACAAAUACAUAUCAUUUGGAGAAUGUGUUAUACAACUUCUGAUCUAUGGAACAUUUGCAGUCAGUGACUGUUACCUCCUGGCAGCUAUGGCCGUAGACCGUUAUGUAGCCAUCUGUAAGCCACUACACUACCCUGUCAUCAUGUCCCGAACACUCUGCAUCCAACUGGUAGCUGGCUCGUAUCUCAUAGGAUCAAUAAACGCCUCUGUACACACAGGAUUUGCAUUUUCCCUGUCCUUCUGCAAGUCCAACAUCAUUAAUCACUUUUUCUGUGAUCUUCCCCCAAUUCUCACCCUCUCUUGUUCAAAAAUUGACAUCAACAUCAUAUUAUCGUUUAUCUUUGGGGGAUUUAACUGGACAUUCACUAUGUUGGUUGUGAUCUUCUCCUACAUCUACAUCAUGGCCGCCAUCUUAAAGAUGUCCUCCGCUGCGGGGAGGAAGAAGACCUUCUCCACCUGUGCCUCCCACCUGACGGCCAUCACCAUUUUCUAUGGAACCCUCUCCUACAUGUACUUACAGCCUCCUUCUGAGCAUUCCCAGGAGAACAUGAAAGUGGCCUCUGUAUUCUAUGGCAUUAUCAUUCCCAUGUUGAAUCCUCUGAUCUACAGCUUAAGAAACAAGGAGGUCAAAGAAGCUGUGAAAACAAUAGUUAAAAAGCUCUUUAUGUUGAGUUUAAGUUGUUAA